CGGCGGAUGCGUGUGCAUGAGCGCUGCACCGAGCGGGCGCAGGAAGCGCCCCCGCUCCGCCGCCUCCAUCUUCCAGGGCAGCAGGACCUCGCCGCACGGCCGCGACAGCGAACGCCGGGGCAGCGGCUCCGAUAGCGCCUACCAGAUCCAGAGAACCCUGGACGACUGUAAGAUGCUUGUCCAGGAGUUCAAUACCCAGGUGGCUCUCUAUCGGGAGCUGGUCAUUUCUAUUGGGGAUGUCUCAGUCACCUGUCCUUCUCUGCAUGCAGAAUUGCACAAAACUCGAACCCGAGGAUGUGAGAUGGCCUAUCAGGCUCAUCAAAAGCUAGCAGCAAUUUCUGGCCCAGAAGAUGGUGAAAUCCAUCCUGAAAUCUGUAGACUAUAUAUCCAGUUGCAGUGUUGCUUAGAAAUGUACACAACAGAAAUGCUAAAGUCCAUAUGUCUGCUAGGAUCGCUGCAGUUUCAUCGGAAAGGAAAAGAACCUUGUGGCCCACCCAAGACCUUAGAUGCUAAAGUGGAGGAGAGUUCUGAAGUACCUAUUUUAGAAGACACAUCAUUAUCACCAACAGAUAUUCAACAGCAUCUAUGGCAGGUUUCCACAGAUAUUGAAAACACUGAAGGAGAUAUGAGAGAAAUGAAAAACCUUUUAAGUAAACUCAGGGAGACUAUGCCUUUACCAUUGAAAAAUCAAGAUGAUAGCAGCCUCCUAAACUUAACUCCCUAUCCGCUGGUAAGAAGACGGAAGCGAAGAUUCUUUGGAUUGUGUUGUCUUGUCUCAAGUUAGAAGAUUAGGCACAGAAGCACCAUGGAAAUCAUGACUUUGAUUAAACCCCUAUUAUUUGACCACUGAAAAGAUGAAAGUAUAAAGUAUAUUUUCUACACUAGGCUAUUCAUUUUUGUCUUCUGCUCCAUCCCCCUUUCCAAGUAAGAAUUUUAAUACUUUCAAAUUAUGGUGGUCAAAAAAUGGCUGUGGAAUAGAUCUAGCAUAUUUAAAACUUUUUAAAGUAUGUUUUGCAUGCUUACUUUCAAUCACUCAAAGAAGACACAUGAAUUAUGAUUCAUAUAUAAUUUUAGAGGUUUUUUUUUAAUUGUUUGAGCUGCAGCUAAAAGUUUGUGUGUAGUACAGUACUCUUACUAGUAUCAUAUUAAAAUCAUACUCUAACAGUCUUCAAGCAUAGCAGAACAUUUGAUUAUUCUCUCACAGUCUUUAAGCAUAGGAAACUAUUUAAGAGCAAAACUAUUACAGUUCUAAGACAUUCAAACAAUACUGUAACAGAAUUUGUACAAAAUCUCCAGUUGCUUUUUUUGUGCUCUCAUUCAUAUUUAGUCUUCCACUGUAUCUCAAGUUCAAAGCUUUAUGGAAAAAUAUCUUAAUUUAUGAUAAAAAAAUCAUAUAUGAAAAUAGAUAGGACUUGUAAAUACAGAGAAAUCAUAAUAUCUAUAAACUGUACAAUGCUUAGAAGCAACAAAUUUCCUUUUCAGGCAAUGGUAUAUCUACAAGCUUUUGAAAAAAAUAAAUAAUUUAUUAAAAGAAGGCCUAUUAAAAUAAACAAUGUAAAACACAAUGCCAACUCAUUUUGUUGCCAGUAGAAUUCAAAGCAUGAUGUCUGCAUAUCAAGUAUUGAUCUUAUAAGGCAUGCCAAAAUUAUCUCAGACUGUAAGAUACUAAACGUUUUACAUUGUUAAUAAAGUUUUUUAUUUAAAUUAAA